AUUGAAACUGUUUUCAUAAUUCUCGUCUGCGAAGUAUAACAUUCAGGAAUAAACAAAGUUUCAAGAGGAAUUUAUGUGCCCAGCAAGCCAGCAUUCCGAAUUACGCCCCUGUUGUCAAUUUGCUUCACGACAAUAUUUGAGUAUAUCAAGAUAUUUAACGCUAAUCUGGAUUCAUUUUCACUGUGUGUGUUAACGAUGUUUCAAAUUGAAUGAUGUCUUUGCUCUGCUAUUGAAUGAGAAGGGAUUUCCAAUUUAAAGAUCACUUUAAUGGAUCCAAUAAAAAGCAAAGCUAAUUAUUCCCGGGUUUGUCAACUGUUGGUAGAUAAAGGAGGAGAUGCUUUGAGACUUUCUUUGAGAGAUGCUUUACAUUCGAUGCAUCCACCUUCCUCCUUGGCCUCUGCAUUGAAGGCCAACAAGAAGACCCUGCAGAGAAUGCGAUACGAUAUAAUUAAAGCCCCGCAAUGGGAUCUACUCUUCCCAAUAUCUGGUACACCAGAUUCAAACAAAUUCGAUAUCACCUUACUGACUGUCCUACUUCGAAAUAUUUGUGGAUUGUCUCCACCAGCGACUGGGUGGAAUGUUAUGCCUCCAGUUAGUGAUACAUCUAUAUCAGCAAACAUUUUGAGAGUCAAAAUGUUCAGGAAUGAAGUGUAUGGUCAUAUUCCAACUGUAGGUUUGGACGACACAACGUUUGAAAAAUUGUGGCGAGAAAUUUCGGUACCGUUGGUCAACUUGGGAAUUUCUCAAGAGGAUAUUGAUGAGUUGAAAGUAGCUCCUCUCAGCCCUGAAGAAGUAAGUUAUAUUAACAGUUUAAAAGAAUGGAAAAAACUAGACGAUGACUUAAGUAAUGUUAAAAUAGAAUUAGGUGAUGUUAAAACAGAAUUAGGUGAUGUUAAAAGUGAAGUAGUGAAGCUAAGAAAAACAGCAGAUGAGAAUGUUCAUCAAUCAACUGUCGAGAAACUCGCUAAAUUUGACUUUACUGGAAAGAUUGACGACCUUUGUAAAAAAUUUCAUGAAGGAACUAGAAAAUGGUUGUUUGAUAAACUCUCAAAUUGGUUUGUGAGUAAAGAAACCAGGGUUAUGAUCCUAACUGCAGGUCCAGGCGCUGGAAAAAGUGUUUUAUCUGGAAAGAUUUCUGAGCUGUAUAGAGGACGUGACCAACUCGCAGCUCACCAUUUCUGCGACUUUCGAAAUUCUGAUUACAGCAAUCCUCACAGAAUCCUCCAGUCCCUUUCCAGCCAAAUGUGUGAGAAUGUUGAUGGAUUCCGUGAUAAACUAACCGAAAUCCUUCGUCGUGAAAAUUCUCGGGUCUCGCUGCCAGACGCAUUUCGUGUUCUUUUAAACGAUCCACUACACUCUCUUCGCCGAAAUGAUCCAAUGUUGAUCAUUGUUGAUGCCUUGGACGAGAGCAAAACUGAUAUGAAGAGCGAAUUUUUGGAGUUGAUAUCUGAGAAAUUUUGUGAACUGCCGGAUUGGAUUAAGAUAUUCAUUUCGAGCAGACCGGAGCUACAAGUACGGAAGGUACUUCAACAUUUACAGCCGUUAGAAAUCCGUCCUGAUGAUGAAGAUCACAAUCAAGAUAUUGCGCUUUUUAUUCGUCGUGAUUUACCUAAUCUUGAUGAUGAUAGUUUAAGGUUAGUUAUUUUGAAGUGUGAGGGAUCGUUUUUGUACGCUUAUCACUUAGUUCGUGAAUUAAGAGAAAAGGGCUUGGGAAUUGAACCCGACUUAAGUGAUUUCAUCCCCAAUGGUAUUGCCGGAUAUUACGAAAAACAGUUCAAACGUUUGAAAAGCCGCCUCCAAAGUGAAAAGCCAGAUACCUUUUCCUCUAUCUUAAAAAGUUUUAUCAAUGUUAUUGCCGCUGCAUUCAUGCCUUUCCCAUUGAAAAUUCUUUUUACAUGCAUGGGUCUUCCCUGGGAAGAAUUCGAAACACGCACAGCGAUUAUGAACAUUAUGUCAGAAAUUCUUCCAGUUUAUGAUGGUUGCCUGACUCUUUAUCAUAAGUCAUUAUGGGAUUGGAUGACGUUGAUUGGGUAUGAGGAACAUGCGUUUGUUGCAGAUGUUAAAGACGGAAAUGGACGUCUUUGGCGUGCUUGUGAGAAGGAAUUCUAUCAGAUAGAUUCUUUAAAGUCCGUUUUAGAAUUUAAACUUUCUCUCGAGAAUGAGUACGCUUUGGAAAAUGGUUUAAGAUAUUUGAUAAUAACAGGUAAUGUGGAGGAAUUUCACUGGUUGGUGCAUGUUGGCGUAAACUAUUUACGACUAAAAUUUUGUGAUCACGACCGCGAUAUUGAUUUGAACAAAGUCCUUGACAAGUAUGGUAGUGUUCUUUCCAAAGAUAUUUAUUACCGCAUCAUUCAACUGCAUUCUUUCGUAGGAAAUGAACGAGAUCUGAAUUCAAGGGGAACAGGACCUGCAGCAAAUUGUGACGAUUAUUUGAAAAUUCUUGCAAACGGAUACUUUGAUUUUUCACAAAGUAAUGUCUGUCCUAAAAAUGUUGCUAGAAAUAUCUUGCAUUCAAUAAAUGAGAUUUGGAUAGAACGUGAGGGAAAUGAAGAGAAACAUAAUUUAAUCUGUGUCUUGCCAGUUGAUUCAAUCAUCAGUUCUCUGUCACCAGACAAUACAAUGUUUGCCCUCUUUAGUACUCACACAUGGACAGUGCAAGUGCUUAAAAUACCAAGCCUCGCGACUCUUUUCAAAAUACAAGUAGAUGAGAUACACGUAUUUGACGCCUUCUUUAUCUUUUCUCCUGAUUCGUCCUAUUUGUUAUGCAAUUCAAUUCGGUCAUGCGUCCUUGUUAAGGAACAAAAGGAAGUACCCUUCAUUGCACACGGCCGCGACGACAUUAAGAGUUGUUCUUUUUCUUCGUGUGGAAUGAAACUUGCUACAUUGCUUUACUUGCAGCCAUUCAUCCAAGUGUGGGAUGUAAUGAGGAAAACGCUAUUAGCAGAAGUUGACAUUUUUGAUCAUGGAUUUAGGUAUUGUGUUUUUAGUUUGUGUGACUCCUACAUUCUCCUUUUGGGUUUUGUUUCAUCGGAAUCAUCAAUAUAUUAUACGAAUGUCUUUCGCUCUGAGAAUUUGGAAAGAGUGUUUACUGAAGAGAAUUCUGUUGCGCCGUGUUUGUCAAGUAAAGAUUCCAUUCAGAUUUGUUCACCGGAUAUCUUUGAUCCUGACGAACCAUCCGGUAGGAUUAGCUUUGAUCAUGUUUGCUUGCCAUCUGGUGAGAUAGUCCUCCUUUCUAAUAAAAGAUGUUCAAAAACCUUUUUAUGGAAGGGAAAAAAGUGUGUAGCAUUUCACGAUUAUUCUUCCGAAGGUGCUGUAGCUCUGAUAAUAUACGAUUUUGUAAACCAAGAGAUAAUUGACGUCCUUCAGAUUGAUUGUUUGCCUGUUGGAUGUGUUUUCAAUCAUAUUUCAAAAUUAGAAGGGACGAAAUUCUUUCUAAGUUUGUAUCCAAACUUAGUAUUCAUUAUAUCUCUGGAAUCUCCUGAUGCUUCUUUUGUCGAUAACAGCGAAAUAGAUUGCUGUGCAUUAUCUCCGGACACCUUGUAUGUAGCGUGCUGUUUUGAAAAUUGUAUUCUUUCAAUAAGAAGUAUCGACAGUGGGGAAACAUUGCAAACUGUUGCACUGAAACAACGAGCAGUGGCGUGCUGGUGGUCUGAGUCGUAUCUUUGGUUGGUUUCUGAUGGCGUGGUUGUUAAAUAUCCUUAUGAACCUUUGAAUUCAAAUAUCUUAGGAAAUCAAACUGAAGAAUCUUUUUUAAAUUUUAGUCAUGUUGUUAAGUUUACAAAAGGUGUUCUUGUAAUUAGCACUAAUGGAAGAAUUUCUAUUUUGAAAAUUUGUGGUGAAGAUCUCAGUCUUCAAGAAAUACCUUCUUGGAAUUUUGACGAGGCCCAUAGUGAAAAGUUCACUUCUGUCGCAAUAAGUUAUGAUGGGUGUGCCGUUAUGUUACAUUGCAAUUUGAGGAAAAUUUAUGAAUUGUGGGAAAUAGAAUGUGGCAACAGAUGGUUUGUACGUUCAACGGGACAGUUGAAUGAAUCAGUUGAAUGGUUCUUUUUAACUGGUACUAAUAUGACUCGUAAUUUAGUAUUAGUGUCAUCCGACAAUCCAUUAAUUCCCCGUGAUAAUUUUGUUUUACGUUCUAUUACGUUUCAAAGAAAUGGUAUAAAAAUUGCGCAUACUCUUCCUAUUGGACCUUUUCAGAAGGCUUUUUACAUGGAUGCCGAAAUUGUAGGUCUUUUCAGUAGUGGUAUGAUGCAUUUUGUUAAUGUGUCCGAAGGCAGAAUCAUAUCCUCUGCAUAUCUACCUAUUGAGUCUCCCAAUGAACAUUUUCAUUUUUUCCUCCCAUCGACUUGUUCCUUUCUAUCCGUCGGGAGAUAUGGUAACAAACGUUUUAGAGUUCAUAACUUUAAAAAGUAUUUAUCGCUUCCUUUGCGUAAUGAUCCUGGAAAAUGCGACUUUCUGUCUUAGAUGAGAAAAUAUCAUGAAUCAAUAAUUAAUACUAAAAAAAUCAUUUAUCGAUAGAAAAUGUUCAGGUAGAUAAGUAUUGCCAAUUAAACUUACAGAUAAUAACCCACAACUUAAUUUGAAUAAACGACGUAAUAUUAGGGACAAACCAUCAGAUGUGUCAAAUGUUUGAACUGUGCCGAUUUUGUUAAAAGAAAUAAAAAAAUCCAUUUUUGACUAAAUCUUGUAUCGUCUUUAUAGCAUAAGAGUCGAUUGAUUCAAAUAUUUGCUGCGAAGUUACUUGUGGUAAGCGUGCAAAUACACAGCUAAUUCAAGAAACGGUUUCCAUACACAUACAUGUGACGUCGCCAGCUCGUUAUAGGUCGGUUGGAGGAUACUCGUGUAUUUGUUCUACAUAUAGUC